CGUGCGGCGGGCAGGCCUGAAGGGGGCGGGUCCGCGCGGGCCUCAAAGCCGCCCGCGGUGCCUGAGGAGAGGGAGGUCACGGCUGGAAGGUUUGUUCGCUACCGCUGCCGCAGCCGCCUCUUCUGCGAAUCAAAGCGCCGGGGGCAGCCAUGGCCUACUGCCGGCAGGAAGGAAAAGAUCGAAUCAUAUUUGUGACCAAAGAAGACCAUGAAACUCCCAGCAAUGCAGAGCUGGUGGCUGAUGACCCCAACGAUCCGUAUGAGGAACAUGGAUUGAUACUGCCAAAUGGAGAUAUUAACUGGAACUGCCCUUGCCUUGGGGGAAUGGCCAGCGGCCCCUGUGGGGAACAGUUCAAGUCGGCCUUCUCCUGCUUCCACUACAGUACAGAGGAUAUCAAGGGGUCAGACUGUGUAGACCAGUUCCGGGCCAUGCAGGAGUGCAUGCAGAAGUACCCGGACCUCUAUCCCCAAGAAGAUGAAGAGGAGGAGGAGGAGGAAGAGAAGAAGCCAAUGGAACAUGUUCAUAAAACGGUUCCCACUGAGGCCUCUGCAUCCAAAGAGCAGGGGUCAAGCUAAUGAAGGCCAUAGGCACUGGGCUCCAGUCCUUCCACUGCACAGUGACAUGGACCUUUGCACAAUGCCUUGUAGUCACCUUCCAAGAAAGUGUCUUUCCCUCUUGUUGUUCUGUGCGCUGUAAUGUAUAAAAUAAGUUAUUUUGAUGAUCGGGGUCUUGACGCCUUGCCAUAUACACUGAAAAUGGGGUCAUAUGUGUGUUUCCUAUGUUAACCUGUCAGUGAAUGUAGCUGCCACUUUUGAAUUCUCUUCUCAGUUUGUCCCGAAUUUUGCCUCUUUGAAAUAAUGUGCUGAAUAGUGUCAGCAACCAAAAAUCAUUAUCCAGGAAUGUUUCUUGUGAGUGAGCUUAUUUAUUUUGAUUGUACUCUAUUGUAUCCCUUUUAGUAGAUUUUAUACCUCUUUGGGGAAUGAAAUAGAAGGAGAAACAUCUUUAAAGAUGCUGGAGUGAGGCCAUUCUUGAUAGAAGAGGCCAGUGGUCAGGUGUGUAUUUCUCAAGAACCAUCUUGCCCUGGAGAGAGAGGCUGCUGUACUUCAUUCCUCAUACGUUUGGUUUCCAUGUUUGCAUGGAGCUCUAAGCUCCAGGUUUUCUGUGUUUGUAAGGUGGAAUUUGUACCCUCUGAUUCCCAAUCCUUUCUUAGUGAAGAGAAAGGCUGGUUUUUACUAUUUCUUGUUUUCCUGUUCCAGAAGCCCUUGUUUGGCACCCGUGUUCACAUUGACUCUCAGUCUGGUCAGAUUCAGUAUUUCUGAGAGGUGGGGACCUAAAACUGUUGCCAGAACAGCAGCCCAGGGGAAACAGUGCAGGUGAAAGAAUCAAUUAAAAGGAAACAUGAUUUCCAACUGAUUUUUAAUAUGUCUUUUGUUUUUUCCUAGGUGCAAUUUAAAAUUUUUAAAUUCAAUUUUAUCUUUGUGGUACUGGGGAUUGA